ACUCCUCUACUUCGGACGAGAAAUUCGCACUAAUCUCGAAUUCCUUCCCAACUAGGCCCAGCAUAGUUCAAGUGCGGUGUGUGUUUCGCAGUGUCAAACCACUAGAGUGAUAUGUAAAUUUUGAUCUGCUGGACGCGAAAAUAUUCUACUUUGAAGGAUGGUCGCGUGGUCGAGUGGAAACACCAUAGACCGAUUAAGGGUGCGCUACGUGAUGCCGUCGGCGCACCUGUCUCUCCGCGAGGAGGACGUGGUCCGUCUGGCCCUCGAGUUUCUGCACAACAGGGAGCUGCACAUCUCGCAGCUGAGCCUGGAGCGCGAGACGGGUGUCAUAAACGGCGUCUACAGCGACGAUCUCCUCUUCCUCAGACAGCUCAUUCUUGACGGUCAAUGGGACGAUGUAAUGGAAUUUGUGCAGCCCUUGGAGGCCAUUGACACCUUCAACCUGAAACUCUUCCGCUGGAUCGUCCUGCGGCACAAGUAUGUGGAGCUCCUCUGCAUCAAGUCCGAGGCGGGCGUCACCACCAGCAACAUGGACACGGCCGUCCAAGAGGUGGUCAAGGCGCUGGCCGAGCUGGAGGAGUGCGCGCCCACCAAGGAGGACUACUCGAACCUUUGUCUUCUGCUGACCUUGCCCAGGUUGACGGACCACCUUGCCUACAAAGACUGGAACCCGAGUGGCGCGCGCGUCCAGUGCUUCAAAGAGGUGCUCCCUCUUGUGGAAAAGUUUUUGCCCGGAGACAGGAAGGGAAUGGGCGACGAGGCGGGGCCCCUUUCUGCUAAGAACGACCGUCUCAUUCAACUCGUCAUCAAAGGCAUCCUCUACGAAAGCUGUGUUUCCUACUGCCAACAAAAAGCCACAAGCACUGGAAAAGAUUCGAUGAGCAGCUCUGGCAGCGAAAUGCACUUCACUAGUCUGCUCAGUGGCACAGGCUUCAGCGACUCUGAUCUCAGCUUGCUGUCGUGGCUGCAAAGUAUCCCUGCGGACACAUUCGCUUGCCCAUUCGAGCAGAGGACCUUGAACGUAGACGUCGAGCGGCUCGACAAACCCUCUCUUGAAACCUCCUGGACUGAACAUAUGCUGAUCACCCCUAUAAAGCCCAAGACAUUUCCCCAUUCGGCGAUGCCAUUCACAAGACCAAGGUCGGCGGACAUCAUGUCGAGGUCACUGCUGCCCUCAUUGGACGGAUUGCCUUUCGGGCUUUCGUCUGGCGGGCGAGGCUCGAUCGGUGCCAUGACCAUGUCAACAGGAGACAUAAACAGCAUGUCAAAAAGCUUUGCUAGUUUCCAUUUAAGCAAUAAGGAAAAGAAAAUGAUGAACACAAGUGUAGAUCGGCUGUUUGAAAACGACGAGAACGUCUUCAUGAGCUCGAGCUACAGCGAAUUGCCUGCCAUCCUCGAGAAAGUGGUUGCCGACGCCAAACUGGACCAUCAAACCCCCGCAAGACCCCGCUCAAAAAGUCCCGACAGAAGCAGAGUCUCGGUCGCCUCUACUCCUGAGCACCGAGGCGCAAAUGGCAACAAGCAAACACACCCGCAAAGUCCUCUUGUGCAGGAUUCGCCUCGGUCGUCAAGACGCGACUCUCUCAGCGACCGCUCUGAUGUUUACACACUCAGCUCACCCACGGGCGAAGGGGAGCUUUUUAAAGAGUACCAACGGCAAAAGCAGCGAGUGAUCCAGGACAACCGAAUCACAGAGCAGCUGCAACAACAGCAGCAACAAAGUCAGCCAAGAUCUGGAAGUGCCAGUUCAGCAAGCUCAACACUUAACUCUCGUGCUGGAGCUUUGGGACCAGCAAAUGGUGCUCAACAACACUCUAAUCUCAAUGGUUCAAAUGAAGUCAGCAGGUACGCGUCUUCUAUGGGCCCGUCCGGGUCGUACAUCUCGGACGCCAACGCAGGACCCGAAUCGAGAUACGAGACCAUCAAUGCUGGACCAGCGGCUCCGAGCCCGCCGAGAGAUUUGGAAAAUGGUGCUGGACGGCCGAAAUUUGUGGCCGUCACCAGUUUGGAAGAUGUCCAGGCAGUGCGGUGUGCCGAGUUUCACCCGAGCGGCAGAUUCUACGCUGUCGGUUCAAAUUCCAAAACCCUCAGGAUCUGCGGCUACCCCAAACUCAACGAUCUUAGAGAGGAUCAUCAAACACAUCAGCCAACAGUGCUGUUCAAGCGCACCAAACACCACAAGGGCUCCAUCUACUGCAUGGCGUGGACCCCGAUGGGUGACCUGAUGGCCACCGGCAGCAACGACAAGACAGUCAAACUCAUGCGCUUCAAUGCAGAAUCGUCAAAUCUAGAAGGUCAAGAAAUUGAGCUGACGAUGCACGAUGGCACCGUGCGUGACUUGUGCUUCAUCGAGGACUCGAGCAACAAAUCCAGCCUUCUCAUCAGUGGUGGUGCUGGGGAUUGCAAGAUUUAUGUGACUGACUGCGCCACCGGCACUCCUUUCCAGGCCCUGAGUGGACAUUCAGGUCACGUUCUUUCCUUGUACACAUGGGGUGGUGCCAUGUUUGUCAGUGGAUCCCAAGACAAGACAGUCAGAUUUUGGGACCUGAGGACGAGGGGCUGCGUAAACAUGGUCACUCCGGCCACUGCACCAGGAAACAGGGGUUCUCCCGUGGCUGCCAUUUGCGUCGAUCCCUCUGGUCGUCUGCUGGUUUCCGGACACGAAGACGCUUCUUGCGUUUUGUACGACAUCAGGGGUGGUCGAAGCGUGCAGUGCUUCAAGCCGCACACAUCAGACGUGCGUUCCAUCAGGUUUUCACCCAGCGCCUACUACCUUCUCACAGGCGGAUACGACAACAAACUUGUGCUCACUGACUUGCAAGGCGACCUGACAACUCCCCUACCCAGUGUGGUGGUCGCGCAGCACCAAGACAAAGUCAUCUCUGGCCGGUGGCAUCCCUCGGAGUUUUCCUUCAUCAGCACUGGUGCGGAUAAAAUGGCCACUCUCUGGGCUCUGCCGCCUGUCUAAUGAUAAUUUAACACUUAUUCUUACUCUUCCAAAACUGCAUCAUGCCUGUAAAUAGAACUCAUUACUCGUAACCAUCAAAGCUACGCAAACAACUUUAUCAAUGCAAUGAGUUGGCGGACUUUUUAAUAUAUCGGAAAUUAAUGUACCCUGAGCAAAGUGAUGUUUAUUAUUGAGCUUGUCACAUCCAAUCCGAUGUACUCUCUUUUCUUUUAGUUCAAAUUGUCUAAAUCAAACUUUAUUUCAAACAUAUGAGAUCUGAUUAAGAUUAAUGAUGUGUUAUAUAGUUGACGAUUAAACUGUGCCUCGUUGAAUUUGCAAAAGUAUAUAUAAAUGUACUCAUAUUCAAACCCUUAUGUAUAGCAUUUACAUAACUACAAAUUAGUACUAUGGUGUAAAAUAAAUAAUUACUCACAAAAUGGAGCAAUUCGACGUCAUCCAAUGUAAUGUUUAAUGUAAACUGAUUCUUAAUUUGACUGCACUGGAACAAGACAUGUAUUAAAAUUAGCUUCGUGCCGCUGUUUCAAGGUUUUUAUAGCGAAUUCGUACUAAUUCUUACGUAACCCUUUUUUACUCCUUGAGUCCCUGUACGCAGCUGAUUAUAUUUUGACAUCUAGUAACAAAAAAAUAUCACAUAAAAUGACUUGUGGUAAAAGUUUUAAUAAAGAAGAAGGAUGAACAAUUGUAAUUAUUUGAUUGGUUUGUCCUGUAAUAUUUUUUAAUAAAUACUUACUGGAAUAAUCAAAA